GCCGGGCGCCGAGGAGCCGCCGCAGGCGCUGGACGAGUUCGAGGCGGCGGCGCACAGCACACCCGUGAGGAAGGAGGUCACUGACAAGGAACGGGAGUUUGCUGCUGGAGCUGCCAGACAGCUCGAAUAUCAGCAAUUAGAAGACGAUAAACUUUCUCAGAAAUCAUAUAGCAGUAAACUGUCUCGAUCCCCAUUGAAGAUUGUCAAGAAGCCUAAGAGCAUGCAGUGCAAAGCGAUCCUUCUGGACGGCUCAGAGUAUACCUGCGAUGUAGAGAAACGCUCCAGAGGCCAAGUGCUGUUUGAUAAAGUAUGUGAACAUCUGAAUUUGCUAGAAAAAGACUACUUCGGGCUUACAUACCGAGAUGCUGAGAACCAGAAGAAUUGGUUGGACCCCGCUAAGGAAAUUAAAAAACAGAUACGGAGUGGUGCUUGGCACUUUUCAUUCAAUGUGAAGUUUUACCCACCAGACCCCGCCCAGCUCUCUGAAGAUAUCACCAGGUACUACCUCUGCUUGCAGCUGCGGGACGACAUCGUGUCCGGAAGGCUGCCCUGCUCCUUUGUCACCCUCGCCCUGCUGGGCUCCUACACGGUGCAGUCAGAGCUGGGCGACUACGACCCGGAGGAGUGCGGGAGCGACUACAUCAGCGAGUUCCACUUCGCGCCGAACCACACGAAGGAGCUGGAGGACAAAGUGAUCGAGCUGCACAAGAGCCACAGAGGGAUGACGCCGGCAGAGGCAGAGAUGCAUUUUCUGGAAAACGCCAAAAAGCUCUCCAUGUAUGGGGUGGAUUUGCAUCAUGCCAAGGAUUCUGAAGGAGUCGAAAUCAUGUUAGGAGUUUGUGCGAGCGGUUUGCUGAUUUAUCGCGACCGGCUGCGCAUCAACAGGUUCGCCUGGCCGAAGGUUCUGAAAAUCUCGUACAAGCGGAACAACUUCUACAUUAAGAUCCGGCCAGGAGAGUUUGAACAAUUUGAAAGCACCAUUGGGUUUAAGCUGCCAAACCAUCGAGCUGCCAAGCGUUUAUGGAAAGUAUGUGUAGAACACCAUACAUUCUUCAGACUGUUGUUACCAGAAGCACCGCCAAAGAAAUUCCUUACCUUGGGUUCCAAGUUUCGUUAUAGUGGAAGAACACAAGCCCAAACCAGACGGGCCAGUGCAUUGAUAGACCGCCCUGCCCCUUACUUUGAACGCUCAUCCAGCAAACGUUACACCAUGUCGCGCAGCUUGGAUGGAGCGUCGGUGAAUGAAAACCAUGAAAUAUACAUGAAGGAUUCUGUGUCCGCUGCAGAGGUUGGUACUGGCCAGUACGCCACAACAAAGGGCAUCUCUCAGACCAACUUGAUCACCACUGUGACUCCGGAGAAGAAGGCGGAGGAGGAGCGGGACGAGGAGGAGGACAGACGGAAAAAGGCCGAGGAAGCCACGCCUGCCGCUGCUGUACGGCAGGAGGGCAAGACCGACAGUGAGCGCACAGACACCGCGGCUGAUGGGGAAACCACCGCCACUGAGUCGGACCAGGAGGAAGAUGCAGAGAUCAAGGCACAGAAUAGUCUGAUUAAGCGAAUAAAGGGUGAAAAUGUGUAUGUCAAACAUAGUAAUCUUAUGUUAGAGGAGCUAGAUAAAACUCAAGACGACCUGAUGAAACACCAGACCAACAUCAGUGAGCUGAAAAGAACCUUUUUAGAGACCUCCACAGACACUGCCAUCACGAACGAAUGGGAAAAGAGGCUUUCCACGUCCCCGGUGCGGCUGGCUGCCCGGCAGGACGACGCGCCCAUGAUCGAGCCACUGGUCCCUGAAGAGACCAAAGAAGAAAGAGCGAUUUCUGAAAAAGUUAUAUUUUUGCAGCAAGGAAGCUCUCCAUUCUUUGAGCCUCAGCCAAGCGUCAUAAAGGAAACGCAGGAAGGAGACUCUGCGGGCUCCGUGUUUACCUCCCGUCAAAUCAUUUUCCAGAAAACUGUCCCGUCGACACUAGAGGGCACAGAGGAUUGGGUUAUUGUAGACAGAGUACCCACUGAGAUAGUUGAUGGUGAGUCGGGAAAGAUUGUAACGUACAAGGUGGUGACGGUGAGCAGUGGAACGGGCGACGUCCCCACCGACCUGCUGGAGUCUAGUGCCGUUGAAGUGCAGAGCUUCGAAGACCUGGCCCGAGAAAUGCACUUGAAGGGUGAGAGCAGACAGAAGAUAUACACGCUCGGAAAGUCCUAUGAUACCGUAUCCGGAAAAAUUGUUACAAUGACAGGAAAAGCCAAGGAUGGGGAGAAGGUGGCACCAGCUGAGUUGGUGAAGGCCCCCCCAGGCCUGGCGGAGUUCGAGGUCCUGAGUGCCAUCGCCGACGACAGGGCCAGGAGGGGUCCCGAGGGCCACACACCGAAGCGGAGGUUGUCGGAGACCCUGGCUCCCAUCAGGGAGGCCGAGUCCCGGAGGCAGAGCCCGGAGGAUGGGGACCCCGCGAAGACCCACGUGCCGGGGAGAGAUGCCGGCCUGGAGGGCGCGCGGCUCAGCAGAGUGGAGCCUGAGGCCCUGAAAGUGGGGCCCUUCGGUCCCCGCAGGAAGAGCCUGUCUGAGUGGAGAUACUCCCAGGAACCGGCCGUCACCGUCGCCACCGCCCGUUACGUGACCGAGUCGGCCGCAGCCCGAGUUGUGACUAAGCAGUCUUCUGGCGAAAAGCUCAUGGAUGGCUCUGAAAUCCUCAGUUUGUUAGAGUCUGCGAGGAAACCGACAGAAUUCAUAGGAGGGGUUACUUCUACUUCUCAAAGCUGGGUUCAGAAAACAGAAACCAAGACGGAGUCCAGUGAAGUAGAGAUGGAAACAACCCAACGCCCCCAGCCACUUAGCACUGAGAAGGUUGUGCAGGAAACUGUGUUGGUGGAGGAAAGACAUGUGCUGAGUGUGCACGCAAGUGGGGAUGCUUCUCACGCGGCUGGAGAUGACAUAGAUGCUGCAGCGCAGGUGGCAUCUGCUGAUGCUGCUAGCGUGAAAGGGAAGGAGGGCUCAGUGCUAACUGAGGGCGCUAAAAAGGAGAAAGGGGAGGUGGCCGAUAAAGCUGCCCUCGAGCAGGAAGAAAUGGCCACUGCUUCCCAGGAGCCAGAGGAGGAGCAGAGUGCCGCCAUCCACAUUUCUGAAACUUUGGAACAAAAACCCCAUCUUGAGUCAUCAACUGUGGCAACGGAAACCGUCAGCUUUGGCAGUGUUUCACCAGGAGGAGUAAAGCUGGAAAUUUCUACCAAGGAAGUGCCGGUGGUUCACACAGAAACAAAGACCAUAACAUAUGAAUCGUCACAGGUGGACCUCGGUGCCGAUUUGGAGCCGGGUGUGCUAAUGAGCGCACAGACGAUCACAUCUGAAACCACCAGUACCACGACCACCACCCACAUCACCAAGACCGUGAAGGGAGGCAUUUCAGAGACGAGAAUCGAGAAGCGAAUCGUCAUCACGGGAGACGCGGACAUUGACCACGACCAGGCGCUGGCUCAGGCAAUUAAAGAGGCCAAAGAGCAGCACCCUGACAUGUCAGUGACCAAAGUAGUGGUCCAUAAAGAGACAGAGAUCACCCCGGAAGACGGAGAGGAUUGAGCCCAGGAAUAACCUAGCCUGCACAUGAAUCCAGCCAUGCAGACCAUUAGGAACGAACCAGAGCCUAUCUGCACCUCCCUCUAACCCCCUGACCUGUGUCUGCCAGUGGAACAUUUCAAUCUGGAGGAACAGACCUUGAUCAUUAAAAAAAAAAGACACUGGCAGAGAGAUCUUCCCAUAAUAAAGCAAUCCGAAUCAGCAUCACUAAACUGAUAUUGCAUGAAGCAACGAUAAAAUUACAAAACGAGCAGCAUUUUUACUUUUCACACAGCGUCUCAGUUUUCAGCUGCACCUGCACGUUCAUAACCGACGGUAGAAGCCGUGAUCUCAUGUAACACAACAAUCCAUGCCUCUCACAGUUUAUGAUUAUUAAAGUCAAAACAAAAUUGCAGUUUCUUAGGUGACAGAUCUUUUGUUUACAGAUAAAUAGAGAUUACCCAAAACUGCUUAGAAGUUGUCUAGGUCCGGUGUGUCAGGCUCGCCCCAGAUUAGAUGUGCCAAUAACCGAGUUUAUUCAGUAAAUCACUUGAAUCUUGUACUUGUUUAUCUGGUUUUAUUACUCUCACCCAUAAACAGUAAUGACUCUCUGAGCCUCUGGAAAUAUUUAACGCUUACAACCCUGCUCUGUGUAAUCUAAUUUAAUUCGUUAUAAGGUAGUGCUGAUUUUAACCUAUUAAUGUGAUUUCUUCCCUCUUGUCCGCUUUGGUCUGUGUUCAAUCCAGAAAGCUUCCCAGAGUUCCGGAACAAGUCCUAAAUAUGUAAAUUGUCAUUAUUUUGGAAAGAAAAACCUGUAUUUUUGUUAGUUUACAAUAUUACGAAAUUUCACUCCAGAAAAAAACCCGUUGGGCUUCUCUGUUGCUUUGUUUUCUUUCUUCGUUUCUUCUUCCUUGUAUUUUUUUUAAUUGAUUUUUCUUAUUUUACUUGGGAAAAAAAAAGUGUUUUAUUUCUAAAUCUGGUCCAUAUUUACAGUCUAGUUCAGAGCCAAGCCUUAAACUGUACAGAAUUUCCACUGUAAUUAUACUGUUUAGCGCUGAGUUAUAAAUAGCCUUCAAGAAGAUCUAUUCUCCAUGACACUGUCGACAGCAUCACACGGCCCAUGGUGAAUGUGUGUUUCUGCAUAGCAAAAUAAAAAUGGUCCAUGCAUUUAAA